AUGUUGGAGACACUAAAUGAGAAUCCAAAUGUCGAUUACCUCCUUCCAAUGAUCGUUGAGCCAUCAGAGAAACCCCUUUGGAUCAGUUUUUCCCUAAAUGCCGAAGAAACCUGGUUUACAAUAUUGGAGAAAUUACAUUCGGAACACAACGAAAAAAAUUGUUCCUAUGAGUUUUGGUAUGGAGCUGCUCCAAAUACACGACCAAAUGUGGUUGAAGAAAACAGAAAAUUGUUGAUGUUUAGAGACGAAGAACCUUUUCACGAGCAAUACCUUGACUCAAGCAUCUUCAGUGUUUUUAUUCCACCGAAUUGCGCGCCAACUAUUUUGUUUCGAUCAAAUCGUGAUUUGAUUCAAGGUAAUGAGACGACGAAGUGGCAAAGAACAUGUUCCGGUACUCAUGCAUUUAUCAGUCGACAUUUUGCUGGUUUUGGACGCGAGAUCGAAGAGGAAUACUUUUUUCGAGAACACUUUAUUGUGGUGAAUUUCAUCGGGCUC